CACUUCUGUGCCACGUCUUGGCGCAGGCGCAGUGGGGUUGUCGUGGUGGGUAGGUGACGGGGCCUAGAGAGCUUUCAGAAGAGAGGCCGACCGGGGCACCGGCCAGGCAAGAUGAACUUUUUGCGGGGCGUUAUGGGCGGCCAAAGCGCCGGGCCUCAGCCGUCUGGAGCCGAGACGAUUCAGAAAUUAUGUGAUCGAGUUGCAUCUUCAACUCUACUUGAGGAUCGCAGGGAUGCUGUACGUGCUCUUAAAUCUCUUUCAAAGAAAUAUCGUCUAGAAGUAGGGAUUCAAGCUAUGGACCACCUUAUCCAUGUUCUCCAGACAGAUCGUUCAGAUUCUGAAAUAAUCGGUUAUGCUUUGGAUACCCUCUACAAUAUCAUAUGCAACGAUCUGGAAGAAGAAGAACAAGAAGAAAAUUCACAGAAACAAGCUGAAGACCUUGGAAGUCAGUUUACAGAAAUCUUCAUUAAGCAGCAAGAAAAUGUCACUCUUCUGUUGACCUAUUUAGAGGAGUUUGAUUUCCAUGUCCGGUGGCCUGGAGUGAAGCUUCUUACAGUGCUCUUAAAGCAGCAGGGACCACAAGUGCAGCAGAUAAUACUAGUCAGCCCUAUGGGUGUUUCAAGGUUGAUGGACCUAUUAGCAGAUUCUAGAGAAGUCAUUCGGAAUGAUGGCGUCUUGUUACUUCAGCAGUUGACAAAAAGUAAUGCAGCCAUCCAGAAAAUAGUUGCUUUUGAAAAUGCUUUUGAGAGAUUGUUGGAUAUCAUAACAGAUGAGGGAAACAGUGAUGGAGGUAUUGUUGUAGAGGAUUGUCUUCUCUUACUACAAAAUUUAUUGAAGAACAACAAUUCAAAUCAGAAUUUCUUUAAGGAAGGUUCCUAUAUUCAGAGGAUGAAGCCAUGGUUUGAAGUUGGUGAUGACAAUGCUGGGUGGUCAGCACAGAAAGUAACCAACCUUCAUCUGAUGCUACAACUCGUUCGGGUGCUGGUAUCCCCCACAAAUCCUCCUGGUGCCACCAGCAGUUGUCAAAAAGCCAUGUUUCAGUGUGGGUUACUACAACAGCUAUGUACAAUCCUAAUGGCAACUGGCGUUCCUGCUGAUAUUCUUACAGAGACCAUUAACACUGUGUCAGAAGUUAUUCGAGGCUGUCAAAUGAAUCAAGACUACUUUGCUUCCGUAAAUGCACCUUCAAAUCCACCAAGGCCUGCAAUUGUAGUACUGCUGAUGUCAAUGGUAAAUGAAAGACAACCAUUUGUGCUACGCUGUGCUGUCCUUUACUGUUUCCAGUGCUUUUUAUACAAGAAUCAGAAGGGACAAGGAGAAAUUGUGUCAACGCUUCUACCUUCAACUAUUGAUGCAACUGGAAACUCUGUCUCGGCUGGCCAGCUACUAUGUGGAGGACUCUUUUCUACAGACUCCGUUUCAAACUGGUGCGCAGCUGUGGCAUUGGCCCAUGCUUUGCAGGACAAUGCCACUCUGAAAGAACAGCUGCUAAGAGUGCAGCUUGCAACAAGUAUUGGUAAUCCUCCAGUGUCCUUACUUCAGCAAUGCACCAACAUUCUGUCUCAGGGUGAUAAGAUCGACAGACGGGGAAGCAAAGUACAGACAAGAGUGGGAUUAUUAAUGCUGCUUUGUACCUGGCUAAGCAACUGCCCCAUUGCAGUCACGCACUUCCUUCACAAUUCAGCAAAUGUUCCAUUUCUAACAGGACAGAUAGCUGAAAACCUUGGAGAAGAGGAGCAGUUAGUCCAAGGAUUGAGUGCACUCUUACUUGGGAUUACCAUUUACUACAAUGACAACUCACUUGAGAAUUAUAAGAAAGAGAAGCUAAAGCAACUAAUAGAAAAGAGGAUUGGCAAGGAGAACUUCGUUGAGAAAUUGGGCUUCAUUAGCAAGCAUGAAUUCUAUUCCCGAGCAGCUCAGAAACCCCAGCCAAGCUUUUUUAGCCCGGAUCAUAUGAUGUUUGAUCAUGAAUUUACUAAACUGGUAAAAGAGUUGGAGGGUGUUCUAACAAAGGCAGUCCAUAAGUCGAGUGAAGAGGAUAAAAAGGAAGAGGAAGUGAAGAAGACAUUAGAACAACAUGACAACAUAGUGACACACUAUAAAAAUGUCAUUAGAGUACAGGACCAGCAGCUUGACGAACUGAAGAAACAAGUUGAAUCUUUAAAAUUACAAAAUGAACAGCUUCAGGUCGCAGUCACACAACAAGUGUCACAGAUCCAGCAACACAAGGACCAAUAUAAUCUUCUUAAAGUACAGCUAGGAAAAGACAAUCAGCAUCAUAGUUCACACAGUGAUGUGGCUCACAUGAAUGGUGUUCAGCCGGAAGAAAUCAGCAAAUUGCGUGAAGAGGUGGAAGAAUGGAAGCGCAAGCUUGAACUGUUGCAGGAAGAGCUGAGAGAAAAGAAUUCUUUGAUUGCUACCUUGAAGUUUUCACAGACCGCAGGAGGAGGAACAGAACAGUCUUCACAAAUCAAUACAUCAGGUGGUCCUAAGGUUGACAGUGAACUAUGUAAGGAAGUUGAAACCUUGAGAACCCAGAUCCAGUCACAGUCUGCAGACAUUGUUAAACUUCAAGCUGAAAAGCAAGAAUUGCUCCAGAAACUGAGCACAACUCCAAUUCCUGCAUCAGGAGAUGAUACUGCUGUGGUAGCAAAGACAGCUGACUUGGAAAGAAGGCUUUCAACACUGUUGCAGGAGACUAAAGAAUUAAAGAAUGAAGCCGCAGCUCUCAAUGAGGAAAAGGCAUCACUGAAACAGCAGCUAGACUCCUCCAAUAGUACUGUGGCUAUUUUGCAAAAUGAGAAAAGUAAAUUGCAGCAAGAAGUUGCAGAAUCUAAAAAAGAACAGGAUGACUUUCUAGUCCUUCUGGCUGAUCAGGAUCAGAAAAUCGUUGCAUUAAAGAAUAAGCUCAAGGAACUUGGAGAACCGGUUGAAGAUGAGGAUGAUAUUGAAUCUGGCGACCAAGGUGAAGAAGAAGAGGAGGAGGAGGAGGAUGGGGAAGAAGAGGAGGAAGACUAAUUAUGCUUUAUUGUGUCAAAUAUGGGAAGCUUGUGUUGCAUUAUAACAACAAAAGUUGAUGGCCUUGUGACGCAAUACCUCUAGUUAAGGAAGCAGAAGGGUCGCUAGAACUAGUCUUGAAUUUCUGAUGUGAAGUCGAGAAAUGCUUUGUAGCUGAAACAGAAAUCCACUGUUAAGUUUUACAUGUGCAUCCAAAUCGAAUCAUCACAUUAGAAGUGAAGUUAGACACUGUCAGAAGCAUGGAAGAUAAGAGUAUGAUGAACUUAAGUGUGUUACCAUUUGCAUAUGUUCAAUGUUUGUCUAUCAUUUAACUUGCUGGGGGGUGGGGAAUCUGAUGGGGAAUCUUUGAUUAAAUAUGGUAUGUUUGUGGUUUGACACCUGUUGAAUGAAAUCAUUGCUUCUUGUAUUCAGCAUGGAAAGAAUUCAUCGCCUCUUUCUUGCUACCUUUUAAACUUUUUUUAAAGGUUGAAGUGGAUGAGUUGGGCAAGUUAAGAGGGUUAUAUCUUUUGGGUUUCUUAGCGGAUUUAAGAAUGAGAGGAAUUGUACAGCAUUGAGUGCCUUGACACCUGAAAUGGCUGCAUUCUGUACCUCAGAAGUAAAAGAGAAACUGAAACACUUGAUGUGGAGGGAUUUCCAUAGAGAAAGAGCAGUAUUUGGUAGCAUAUUAAAACAAACCUUUUUUUAGCAAAAAUCUCAUGCAAAAGUUUGAUGCUACCAGAUUAUCACUUUAAAAACCCCUUUGUUCUAUUAUUAAAAUGAUAAAUGUUGACUGAUUAUAAUUUAUUGACUUUUAUGCCCAAUAGAUAAGAUUUUUAAAAAGAAAAUUUAAACACAGUUGCUGCAUCAACUUGCUUUUUUGGUAAUAAAAAUAGAUACUAUAA